AAAUGUUCUUUUUCUUCUUUUCAGAUAUUUUGAGAGGGGCCAGGCAUCAUUCAUUACUUGCACCUGACAAGGACUUGAAUUGGUAUGAAGAAAGCUACUUUUUGGGGACAGCAAGUUCACUGUCAGUAUGGAGGAUCCCCAGUACUUGCACAAAGAUAAUAAGAUUAAUGAGCCUAUUGUGGAAGUGCAGCAAAUAGCAUCCCACAAUGUUAUGUGGAUGCAGCCAACUGAAAAACCAUAUGAAUGUGAAGAGUGCGGUAAAAGGUUUGCUCAAGAGAGUCAUCUGAAUAACCACUUGGUUUGGCAUCGGAAGGAGAAGAAGUUUGAGUGUGGAAUCUGCAGCAAGAGGUUUACCAUGGAGAGUCAUCUUGACAGUCACAUGAUCGUGCAUAGCGCUGAGAAGAAUUUUAAGUGUCAAGUUUGUGAAAAGUGCUUCACAAUGGAGAGCCACUUGAAUGGUCACAUGCUUGUUCACACAGAGGAAAAGAACUUUGAAUGUGACAUCUGUCAUAAAGCAUUUAUCAUGGAGAAUCACCUUAGAAGUCAUAAACUUGUACAUAUCAAGGAAAAGAAGUUUGAAUGCAUGAAGUGUGGCAAGCGCUUUGGGCAGAGAAGUCACCUGAACAGUCACAUGCAUUCGCACAAUGUUGAAAAACGUUUUGAAUGUGGAGUCUGCGGAAAGCGUUUUGCUCUAGAGAUUCAUCUCACAAGCCAUGUGCUUGUCCAUAGCAUGGAAAAGAAGUUUGAAUGCGAUGUGUGUGGGAAGAGAUUCAUGAUGGAGAUUCAUCUUAAUAGCCAUCGUCAGGUACACAGUGUUGAGAAGAAAUUUGAGUGCCUUGUUUGUGGCAAGCGGUUCUCAAUGGAAAGUCACUUGAACAGCCAUAUGAUUGUUCACAGUGAAAAGAGAUUUGAAUGCGAGGUCUGUCGCAAACGUUUUACAAGGAAGGCACACCUAAAUAGCCAUAGGUUUGUGCAUAGUGAAGAAAAGAGGUUUGAGUGUCAUGUAUGCCAUAAGCGAUUCACACAAGAAAGCCACCUAAGCAGUCAUAUGUUUGUCCACAAUGAAGAAAAAAAGUACGAAUGCGAGGAAUGUGGCAAAAAGUUUAUCCAGGAAAUUCAUCUCAACAGUCAUAGAUUCAUACACAGUGAAGAAAAAAAGCUGGAGGCAAGUGAGUGGGGGAAAAGAUUACCAGAUGGCCAGCUCAAUGGCCAUGGUGCACAUGACAUGAUGAAGAGGUUUGCAUGUGACGAGUGUGGCAAGAGGUUCUCUCAACUAAGUCACCUCAACAGUCACAGGUUUGUACACACGGAGCAGAAGAUCUAUGGUUGCGAGGAAUGUGGCAAAAGGUUUAGACAAGAAAGCCACCUGAAUAGCCACAUGUUUGUGCAUAGUCAGAAGAAGAGGUUUGAAUGCAUGGAAUGUGGAAAGAGAUUUACACAGGAAAGCCACCUCAAUAGCCACCGGUUUGUCCACAGUGAGAGAAAAGGAAUGGAUUACACAGAAUACACAAAGCAGUAUCCAUUGCCACAGAAGGCUGUCACCAACAAUCAUGCUGUUGCUGCUGCAGCUGCUGCAGCUGUAGAUAAGAAGACUCAUGAAUAUUUAGAGACCAUGAAGAACUUCCCUCAACAAGCAUAUCAGCCAACAUAUGCUUAUGCACAGUGGGAGCAAGUAAGAACCCUAUGGACAAUGUAGCCAGGACAUGAAAUAAUGGUUUUAAAUUUGUAAGAGAGAUGACUAAUGAAAAGAAAUUUGAGCCUGCCACCAUUAUGAACUAUUUGUAAAUUAGAAUCAAAUAUUAGCACACAAAGUCAACUUUUCCCAAUAGAACAUUGUGAUAUAGCACAUUGCUUAUGAACUCUUCCUUCAGUCAAUAUCAGAAUGCUUAGUUCUGUGUUGAAAAGGGGCCUUAAAAUGUUUCUCUUCUGCUGUAUUAUUUUUUAGAUACAGUACCUCCUGAAAACUGUAGAAUGACAAGGUCUCGACAUCUUUCAUCAGAUGUAAAUAUAAUGGUGCUUUUGAUGGACAUUUUCAUUUGAAGUGUUGAAGAAAUUCAUUCAUAAGUAGGAUGAUAUUGCAUUUAAUGCAUUAGUGAUCUUUCCACAUAAGUGAAUGACUUUCAUGGUGGCCAAAGGGCCAGUUUUUAUGGCCAAUAUAAUGGUUUACUGGUUUUUUAAGUUACUAUGUAGUUGAUAAUGUGUUUUGUCCAGAAAAAAUGUGACUGAUCAGCAAGCACCACAAGUGAUUUUGGUCUAAUUAUUUAUUUUACUUUUAAUUAAAUAUCUGUGUUAUUUCUCAAAUUAUAGUGUGUGAUAGACAACAUGUGUUGUAGCAUAUAUUCACAAUUUCCCUGUCAUUGAGGUGAUGAAAGAUGUACUGUAGUUUAAGAGAAAAUGCAUUCAUGUCAUCACCCGUGCAAUUGAUAGGUUCAAUGUUCCAGGAGCUUUCCCUAAUUUGCAGUCAUGGUAGAUGUCUGAUUGCAAUUAAAUACAAGGAAUGCUUGUGUUUAGAACUUUUUAUAUUGAUUUGUAGCAUUUUCCAAGUAUAUCUUGAGCUAUGCAUCAACUUGUUCUGUUGCACAUGUAUAAGAACUAGUAAUUUCAGAGUGAAUCUUAAGAGAUCAAAGUGCCAAUUUAAUUUUGUAAAUUGAAAAUCCCUAAAGAAGGUCUGGCACUAGUUGUUUAGAUUGUAUUGAAUUCACAAAUAUUUUCUUGGAUGUGAAUUCAGAUUGUAAAAAUUUGGCUCGUAGUUAGUGAUUAUCAAGGCAUUGUGAAAAACUGAGCAGUUGCUUGUUUGUGUGAGUAAGUUCAUUUGAAAUAAAAUCUUUAUUGUUAUCAACAUCAGGUGUUCUGUUUUGUUUUGAAAAAGGAUGGAUAGAUGGUGAAAUAUGUAACUAAAAAGAAAUAGUAGAAGACUGAUUUUAAUUGUGUUGUACAUGUAGGAAAAGUUAAUGAGAAAGAAUCUUCACAAAGGUUAAAAGAUAUAUACAUCAGAAACACAAACACUCACUCUCUCUCUCUCUCUCUCUCUCUCUCUCUCUCUCUCUCUCUCUCUCUCUCUCUCUCUCUCUCUCUCUCUCUCUCUCUCUCUCUCUCCCUCUCCCUCCCUCCCUCUCCCUCUCCCUCUCCCUCUCCCUCUCCCUCUCCCUCUCCCUCUCCCUCUCCCUCUCCCUCUCCCUCUCCCUCUCCCUCUCCCUCUCCCUCUCUCCCAACAUGUAUUUCUGAUGAAACUUGAGUUAAAAUGACAAAUCCAUAUUUUGCACUGUGAAGUUCAUUUUCAUUUCUACUUUUUUCUACAUAUGUUACAAAUGAAGUCAGAAUUGUGUUAGUUUCAAUAUCUGAAUUAUUUUUAUAUCCUUGUAGCCAUCUAAUUCUGACACAAGGUGUAUAGUGCAUGAAAGUCUUGUUUUUACAUAAACCAUAAAGAUAAAUAAAAUGAGCAUAGUUCUGCUGCAUAUUGAAAAUAUGGUUAACAGGACACACUUGAUGAGACCAAGUGUAAUAUAUUUCUGAUAAGACUCCUAAGAUGUAAAUAAAUACCCAAACAUGGUUUUUGUUGUCUUUUGUAUAAGGAGGAGUGUUGAGAAUAUUUUUAUUUUAUUAUCAUUUAUGAUAAUUUUUCAACUCAUGCAAAAUAAUCUUCAAGAAUAUGUUUGUGAUUUGCAUGGUUAAUAUCAUUAUUUCUUAAUUUAUUUUAUUUUUGGAAAGGGACAGUUGCAUGGAACUGAAUGGAGCUGUACCAUUUGUGUCAUCAUUUCAACAAAAAAUUGACACAUUGUCUGCCUUUAGAAUGGAUAAUUUCAUUUCCAGAUGAAAAAAGAUAGUGAAUAUGAAAACAGUUCAGUAUUUUCUUCUGUUUAGUAUUUUUAUGAUAACAUAUGUAUGUAUGUUGCACACUUGUUAUCAAAUAUUAGCAUAUUAAUUUGAUAUUAAUUUUCUUUAAAAAUUUACUGGUAAAUUGGAUUUCAAUGCAUAUUUUUCUUAUUAUCAAUGAAUAUCCAAGAUUUCAGAAUGACUGCCAAACACCCAUGGUUCAAAGGCAAUCGGAUAUUGGUUUCAUGAACUCUGUGAGUUCUGACCAAAAUUAUUUAGGCAAAAAUGUUUUUAUUUUUAGCCGAGUUGAUCACAUACUUUUUCAGCGGUUUCAGUAUUUGUUUUUGCUAUCAUUGACAUUAUUAUUUUUUAUUAUAAUUUUUGUUUUUAUUAUUAUUAUUAUUAUUAUUAUUAUUAUUAAUAUACUUUUUCAAUUUGAUUGAAAGCCUAGAUCUAAAUCAUGCAACAGGAGACUGUUGUAUGGCAUCCUGUACCUGGGCAGCUGCAGGUGUUAAGGUCAUUUUUGUAUUUAUCCUUACCUGCCAAGAUCUCACUUUUUCAGUAUAGAUUACUGUAUUUCUAUUGUUUGGGAUAGGCUGGAUAUGUUUUACCAUUUUGUAAGUUAUUAUCCUUAGAAGGUAGGUUACUAAAGUAAGAUUGAAUUUAAGAUUGUAAAUAAAGCUUAAUUUGUAAGUCUUGUGUAAGGUUAGUAAAUUAGACUUUUGCCUAGGAGUGAAUAAAACCACAAAACACAAAAAAAAUAUAAUUCCCAUCAUUGUAAUGGGGACUUUAUGUAAAUUGGUAGCUGUAGGAUGGGAAUUUCAGGAUUCAAAAAUGUAUGCAAAAUUUUUUUAAUUGGUAGAUAAAGAAUUGAAACAAGUGAAACUAAUCUGAAAUAUUCAGCUUACAUCUCCCUUCAUUAAAAAUAGAAAAUGUAGAUUAUUUGGUAAAUGUAUUUUGACUUUAUUUUGUUAGUGAAAGUUGGUACCUCGCACUUAUCAAUGAGUCGAGAUAAACCAAAUUUUUGCCCAGGUAAUAUCUCCCAUUUUUACUUCUAUUAUCUAAUAUUAACAAUUGUACAACUUUUGUUAAAUAAACUCUUUCAUUUUUAUAAAA